AUGUUCCAACCAGCAGAAACACAACAAUACUCUGCAAAUGCCUCUUCUCAACGCCUAACAAAACCACGAACAAAGCACAAUUCUACAUGUCUCGGCAAGCCUGAAACGAGCUCCACCAAGGCCACCCCUAUCAACGCUCUGAAUGAUAACGCCGAAGACGCCCGAGUGUCAUUUUCCAACGAUUCACCCCUUAGCUUUACAGGAUCGACAUCUUUUCGAAAUUCCGAAUCGCCCUCCAGACCCGCUACCAAUUUAUCUAGUGAAGGCGUCAGAUCAAGGAAAGCUUCGACCACUUCGAUGAAUACCACGAAACGCCAUACUUUUGCUGCCGACAACUCUGAUGUCGACGUUGCUGCCGCCAUUGCUCUGCUGCAAGAGCUGAAGAAGCGAGCAUCUCCAGAGGAUCUAAUCCUUCUCCACAAGGCAUUGCUUCCCACCAAGAAUGUUGAGCGCACAAUCGCUCCCUCUAGACCGGAGUCCAAGGAACAUGAAGAGCCCAUCUCCCCCCUUAUCCGAAGAAGCUCAUUGCUUCCAGCUGGCGUCAAGACUCGCCUAUCUCGUGAGCUUUUGAGGAACUACUCAGAGAACAACGUUACAGUCCGUUCGGCUUCAGUUUCCAGACAACACGAUGUGGUCGAAUCUCCAAGGCUUGAUGUGCCGCUCGAUUUUGAAGCCCUGGAUCUUGCUGAAGGAAAUGCUGAAAUUCAAGGUGGCCGUCCAACCACGCCAUCCAACUUCUAUCCUCAGAUUGGCACAUACAAGAUGGGCUCUCUGCGCAUAACUAACGGAGCUGCCUCGCCAGAGCCAGCUCGUCUCCUCAAACAAGUGGAGAAGGCAGGCAUCCAGCAGAAGCCUUCAGUAUCAGAAUCACUAUCUGGCGAAGGUUUUGUUACUGCUGAUGAAGGCGAAAACAGUCCUGAGUGUGUUCGCCCGAGCCGUGCUACUGUCGUUUCCCUACGAGCACCACGAAGAAGCUCAGAACAGCAGGACAGAAGACUCUCUUCCGAACUUCGUGCUAGAUCAAAGAGCAGAGGUCGUCCUGUUCGUCACAGUAUCGAGAUUGAGGCGAAUAAAUCUGCCCAUCAGCCAACCCGUCCUCAAGUUACGCAACGUGCUUCCGAGUACGCCCAGGAGUACGCAUCCGAGUUCGACUCACUUGAGAACCCUCACAUGAGCAACGCUGCACUGACGACUACUGUUUCGCGUCUAAGCACAGUCCACGACGAGUCUCCUGUCGAGAGCGGCAUUGAUGCCCGGGAGGAGGCUCUGAGACAACUUACAGGCGACGUAAUUCCCGCCAAUGAGAAGAUGCGUGAGACACAGUCACAGAAGCAUCUCAAUGUUGCCCGCCCUCCUAUCACCAAGAGCGAUAGUGGCUACAGCUCUGAGGCUUCAAGAAGAUCGAUUAUCAAAGAAAGCAACUGUGAUGAGUUCCUCCUCGCCGCUCUGGGUGCUGCGGAUCAGGCUGAGCACACUCGCUCCAAGGAAUCUCUUACAGCCGCUGCUGUCAGACCUUCUCUGGAACAGAUUCAAGAAGACAAGGUCUCUUCUCCAUCUCCCUACAUUCAACAGCAAGUCUCCGCUGUGCAGAAAGCGGAGAGACACCGAAGUUUGCCAAGCUUCUUCUUCAAGAAGUCGUCUUCGAGCACCUCUGUCAACACGAUUGCUACCACUCCCGUCACGCCAGUCAAGCAGACCAGAAAGCUUCAAAAGACUCGCCCUCAAUCGCAAAUCAUUGUCCCAGAGCAUGCUCAAGAGCCUGAGCCUGAGCCAGUGCUGCCAGAUAUCGAACCGGAGUUUGUUCCUGGCGCCUCGGAAGAUCUUUCUGUCAACUUCUCUCGUCCUACUCGCAAAUUGGAACGUGGUCCUUCUGCAUCUCCUCAGACCCAGGAAGAGGAUGAGAGAGAUGGACGCGGAAGAGGUCGCAGUCGCAAAAACGAUGUCACCCCGCAAACCGCCAAUGCUGAGGGCUCGCCCAAUGGGACCACUAGAAAGAGAAGCAGAAGUUUCUUCCGUUUCCGUAGCCGCAGCAGAAGCAAGAGUCAGCACCGCCGCGAGGAGGAUAUAACCGUCCUCUCGGUCGCCGACGAGCCUCUUCCUACGCACGACUUCUCCGAUUUUGGUACAGUAGCACAAUCUCUCGGUCAGUCGCCUUAUGAUAUCGCUACCAGACGUGUUAAACAGAUGGGGGCCUACGAUCCGUCCAAGCCUUGGUUCCAUCCUCACGAAAUAAGCCGUGCCGCUCCCAAGCCUGAUCUAAGCUCAGAGACACAGCAAAGCCGUGGAAAAUCUGUCGAGCGCAGCCGUCAGGACAGAGCCCGCAGUCAGAGUCGCCCCCGCGAAUCUAUUGAUGCUGUUCUUACCAACUCGAGGCCACCGACAAGNAGGGGAAAGUCGAGAAGAUCGCAAAGCGCUCACAAUAUUGCUGUUCCAAGAGUACCUGAGGCAGUACCCGAGCUUCCAAAGCAGACUCAGAGGAUGUCUGGCACCUUCUCUCGCCCUGUCUCGAAAGACGGCACUGUCAGAGUCGGCACUAUCGACUUUGGCACUGGCUUCGCUCAGGGCCGUCUAGAACCCAUCCUCACCAGUUCCGAGAAGGCAAAGACAAGACGUCGCACACAGUCUGUUGCCCCACGCGUACGUCCCAGAAGUACUGCGAAUCCGGAUGAGGCAAUGCCUCAGCGUGAGAUGCAGCAGCCAGCAAAGACAUCCUCUCGUGACGCACCCAAGGCGCCUGCACGUGAGCUACCUCCGACACCCACUGAGAAGCCUUCGCCAGCCAUGCCUCUUGAGUUGCCUCAAAUCCCAUCUCGAGCUCCUCCAAAGGUACCCGCACAUGGAAAACAACCUAAUAACACGCAUCCUGUGCUCUCUGUGUCUACCAAGCCUUCCCACCUCAAGGAACCCACAUCUGUACCCCAUACGCCUGCCUCGCCAGGAACCCCAACAGGCAGGUCUUCUUGGGAGAGCCAAGCGCUGGCCUGGCGUGAACGUAAGCAAAGCCUCAAUGACAUGCUUGCGUCUCCCACAAUCGAGAAAAAGGGCUGUUCUGCUUCGACCCCCGCUUCUCCAGCCAUUCAGGCUUAUUCACCUACAAUGCAGGCACCUCGCCGUGCUCCGACCGUUGUUGUGUCUCGCUACAUCACGCCUCAAGGCUCUGAAUUUGCCAUGCAUUUGGGAGAGGAAGGUCCCUACAGGAAACUCCACUCCGACAACUCUCACAGAAAGCAUAGAUCUGAGGAUCCAUACAGGAAGUUCCACUCAGACAACCCUACCGAUCUGCGUCCCGCUCAGGAAGACGUCGAACGCACCGACUCUAGCUCAACAUAUCACACCGCAACCUCCGAGAGAUCUCAAGACUCGUUCGCUUCGAAGGACAGCGCAAAGUACCGCGCAUACCGCCCUGUCGAAGAAGCUUACCAAGAGAAGCCUUCUGCUCCCCCAACACCCAAGAGCAACAGCACGCAGAAGAGAUCCAGCCGUGUCCUAGAGCAGCCUCAUCCUAGACCUCAGCGUCGCUCUACAGCACCUCCAGAGAACCAGGACGUUCCCUUUGACAGAUUCAGUGGAGGCCUCGGCUAUGGUUGGGAACGCGGUAUCGGCUUUGGCGGCAGUGCGGGCACAAGACAGAAGAAUGACACCAAGGCUGCCAGGAAGAGUGUGGCCAUCAGUCAGAACUUUGGCGUUGAUCUGAGUGAUGUGCCUGUUUUCAUGGUCAGAAACUAG